AGGGCAGCACAGCUGGUUUGCAGAUUCAUCAGGUGCAUUUGGCGUGAAGAGACCACUUUCAUGGCCACUGGGGGCACGGCAAACUCGGACCUCUUCAAUGCCCAGACCAGCGCUGCCCUGCUGGAUUUGCUUGUGGAGAACGGUGUCUACAAAGGGAAGCAAGUGCCGGCCAUAGUCAGGUGCAUCCACCAGUGGCUCACGUCCAAUGUGUCUGCUGAGCACAGGCUGGACAAGACUCUUGUCCUGCUGACCGAGGCACACCCUGUGGAUGUUGCAGUGACCCUGCUGCGCUCUGCCCCAGCCUGUGACAGAGCUGCUCGCACCAUGUGGAGGACGCUCAUCUCCUCCAGAGGGACUAAGGAGCCGGUGCUGCAGAUCCUCUUCCGUGCGCUGGAAUUCUGGCCAGCGCACAGGACACGCACCUCUGAUGGGGAUGAGAGCGAUGUCUUUGCCCUGGCUGCAACUGUGGCACUCUGGGAGAUCCUCCAGCUGCACUGGUGCCCAGGGGGAGUGAAGAACAAUUUCCCCCGCCUCCUUCUGACUCUGCUCUUCCAAGUUUUCAUCAGCACAGAGGAGAUGUCAGAGGAGGUCGAGACCUUCUGGGGGCGAUGCCGGGAGCAGCGCAGCCUUCCCCCCAACCCCAACAGGUUUGCAGUGCAGACCGUGAAAGCCCUGCUGCGCCAGCUGCUGGAUGAGGACGUGGUGAUGGUGAUCCAUCGCAAGUGUGGCUGGGACACGCUCCUCAAGGCUGACACCCACCACUAUGCAGUGGGUCUGCUGGCCAGGGAGCUGUGCCGUGUCUCCCACUCCUUCUGCCGCAGCGUCGCCGCCAGCCUGAUCCCGCGGCUCAGCAGGGAAGAGCCCCUCCGCAGCCACCUGGGACGGUGCCUGCACCCUGUGCUGCUGCCUGGGCCCAGCCCCGGGCGGGUCCGGGCUCCUGCCGGCCGGGCACCCCGUCACUGCUCCCUGCCUUUCAGGUGCUGCACUGCCUGA